AUGCUCCUCUUCUGCCCCUCCUGCAGCAACAUGCUCAUCGUCUCCCAAAUCCCCUCCUUCCACACCGCGCCCGAAGACAGCAUGCACAUUGGCAAAAACCGCUUCGAAUGCCGAACAUGUCCCUACCAAAUGGUUCUCGACCGUCGCUACUACGAGCGCAAAAACAUGAAGCUCAAAGAUGUCGGAGACAUUCUCGGUGGAGCCGAUAGUUGGAAAAAUGUCGACCAAACUGAAGCGAAAUGUCCUGCAGAAGGCUGCGAGAGUCGAAAUGCCUAUUUCAGGCAAGUGCAGAUUCGAAGUGCAGAUGAGCCGAUGACGAGGUUCUACAGAUGUGUAGAGUGCACAAGGGAAUGGCGCGAAAAUUGA